AUGCAGCGGACUUUGAAAUCCUCCACAGUAAAGUGAAAGCAAAAGGAGAAUGAAAUUUAGAAUGAGAGAAGUGAGAUUGUAAGAAGCUUGACUUUCAUGCACAAGGCUCUGUGGCGUGAAUCAAGUCUCAGAAUGAGUUCGCAAGGUUCCGAGGGUCACAGUGUUGUGAAGAUGCCCUGUGUGUUUGAGCCUUAUAAGAUGCAUAAAAACAUAGGCAAAUGUCUAAUCAUCAGUAAUGAGCACUUCCGCUCACCACAUUUAUGUAGAAAAGGCUGUUCAGUAGAUGAACACUUACUGUUGAACACGUUCAAGUCCCUGGGAUUUCAUGUACAGGUGGAGAGGAACUUGUCAGCUAAUGAAAUGAUCGGUGCACUGAGGAAAGUUUCUAAGGAGAACCACACAGACAGUUCCUGCUUUGUAUGUGUACUGAUGAGCCAUGGAGAGGAAGGAACAAUUCUGGCAUCGGAUGAGCGCUGGAUCCCUGUCAAAACUCUGACCUCUCUCAUGACCUCUGACCUCUGCCCUAGUCUGCGGGACAAGCCAAAACUCUUCUUCCUACAGUCCUGCAGGGGGGUGGAAUAUGACCCUGGUGUUGAGGCAGACAGUGUAGAAGCACUGGAGGAAUUUUUUGGAAUAUCUGAUGCUCCCGAAGCAGAUUUUCUCUGCUGUUAUUCCACAGUGGAAGGGUACUACUCUUGGAGAAAUCCAGAAACAGGCUCUGUAUUUAUCCGUGAACUUUGCAAGAUGUUGAUGGACUGUCACCUAGAGAUUAUUCAGAUUCUGACAAGAGUAAAUUAUUGUGUGGCCAAUCAGUUCCAGUCUUACACCAGAGACCCGGAUACACAUAGAAAGAGACAAAUGCCGUGCUUUGCCUCCAGACUGACCAAGGAGUUUUACCUUCAUGUGCCAGAGAAGAAAAAUAAAUUUUAUUUUUAAAUCACUGGCAGCAAGUCAGUGAUAUUGUUUGUGAGGCAGCAUUGUAUUAAUAUGUUAGCUCUUAUAUGCAAAUACUUUUCAUUCAGUGUUCUGUAAGAUUACAUUGGUUAAUUAAUUGAUGUGCAAAAUGGCAGAUCAAUAUGGCAAAACUGUCUAAGCGCAUGCAAUUAAUUAAAUAAUUACGGUACUUCACCUAUUUCAUUACUUUCUCUUUUUUCUAAAUAAAAUUUCCAAACCAAAAGAUAAGAUUAUUCACAAAAGCUAAGUCUUGCAUCUCAUCUAACUAUGAAUCUGUCAAUGAAAGAUAUAAUUUGUGAAGAAGAGUGACAUGGGAUUCGAUUACAAAGUCUUCAUGAUUUAGACAAGCCCUAUCGAGAAGACUCAUUAAACCAGUUGCAACUAAGACUAUUACUGAUGAAAAAAAUCCUUAGAUUAGAUUUGUAAUAAUCUGUUUUGUGUUGUGAUGUUGAUGUAGUAUUUAGUUGAGAUGUGUUCAGCUUUAGACAAAUUGAAAAGCGUAUCACGGCAAAUAAAUAAGAGUGAUUAGUCCUAUUGGUUCUUUCCAGUGUUCAGAGGCGUCAUGCACCCUCAGUAUGUUUCCCAUACAUUGAUUUAUUUGUUUGAUCCAGAAAUAAUUCUAUUUGCUGAUUAUCAAUAUUUAAAACAGUUGA